UUUCAGAUGAUGGACACCACUGAUUACAAAUCCAAGUUAGCAGAAUUUGAAUCACAACUUCACAUCUCCCACGAGAAGCUCUUAAUGCGAGAAAAUGUAAUAUCUCAACUCGAAGAAGAAAUUAGAGGAAAGGAGCAGUUAAUAUUCGAGCAGAACCAUCUCAUCAACAUUCUCGAACACGAAUCAGCAUCACAGACGCAGUUACAGGCGAUUCGAUGUGACAAUAACAAUAAAUAUGAUACGGACUCCAUCAACAGUGAAAGUGAGAUCACAGUAAUUGAGCGAGAAAUCGUCGCCUCCAGCAGUUCGACAUCCCCGUGUUCAUCAGAGAAAAGUGGUAGUAGUGGUGGCGGAAUCAUGACGUCACCCUCCUUAUUCCGCUCAACAGACCAUCAUGACCUCUUCCGUUGCGACAAAUCAUCGUGCAAAUGUGAGACAAAACUGGAGCAGGCGAUGGUGGAUCGAGAGAGGCUUGAGCUCCAAAAUGAGCAGCUAUUGAAGCAAUGGGAAGAAGCGUUGGAGUAUGUGUCAAGUGUCCAACGUCAAUUGCAAGAAGAAUUGAAGAGGAAUGGGCAGCUGAAAAGCGAAAUGAAUCAGAGAGCAAAAGAUGAGGUGCUGGAGAUUCCGAGGAAUGUGCUUCAUCUAAUGUCAUUUAUUAUUUUGGUGUUUGGCUACUUGCUUUACCGUCUCUAGGUACAUUCUCUGGGUUUAUAGGCAGCAACAUUUGCAGUAGUGUGGGGUACUUUAUGAAAAACGUUUUAAUUGCCAUAUGUGAACAGGUGAUUUGCUAAAAAGUCGCGCUUGAAAUGGGAGCUGAUCAAAUAGAAAAUUGAUCCUUCAGAGCAAAAACAAUUUUUAAAUUUUUUUUUGAAAGUUUUACAAAAAGUUCAUUGCAUUUUAAGUGGCAAAUUUGAGUCGAAAUACUCAGUAAAAAGUGGCAAAAAUAAAAAAAACUUGUUUUGACGCACAUGGCAGGUCAUAUCCAUAAGUUGACUUUGUUGCAAAUCACCUGAAUUAAUACAGCGAGUAUUUUAACAAUUCUUCCUUUUUAUCUGAUUUUUCCAAAAAAACUGUACAUUAUUUUCCAAUGAUAACUAUUAUUACGAGUGGACUACUAUGCUAAAAUGACAAAGAAACAUGAGGAAUUCAUAUUGAGUGUAAUAUUGAUGCUAUUUUCAAUUAUAUAUUUUCUUAUUUUCUCAUCUCAUUUUCAAUUCAAUAAACCUUGGGAAUUUCGCA